UUCAAAGUCUUAGGGAGACUCCCAAUGCGUCAACCAUGGCCUACCAGUACGGAAAAGUGCAGGACCCAAAUGUGCUUACUCAGACGAUAAUCUCCAACAUCCAGAAGAUAACACAACAAAGUAAUUGAUACAUAUGGGCAAACUGUGCACACAACAUGUAAAUCAGUACACAAGUUUGGUCAUAUCCUCUGAAUUUAGUAGGCCUGUAGGCUACUAUACCUCUCAUAUGAGGCCUGGUGAUUGACUCAAAAGUAUUAAUAUACCUGUACAUCAUAUUUUUGUUUUGAUAGAACUUUCGAAUUGAAUAAUUUUCCUAUUGAAUGAACACACAUACUGUCAUUGUUUUGUGUCACAAUAUUUGUGCCCUGUUUCUACCAGCAUCUGAAAUACAGAAAAUUGUGAAUCAGUUGGGAACACCACAAGACACAACUGAGCUCAGACAGCAACUGUGAGUUCCGUUCUAAUCAGAAGAGGGCUCUUGUAGUGUGUAGCUUUUACAUUUUAUUACAUGCUGGUAUGUGUAUUUCUAUGGAAUGUUAUCUAAAUGAGGCUUUUGACUUUUCAAAUGUAGGCAGCAGAAACAGCAAAAUGUCAACCACCUUGCCAAAGAAACAGACCGAUGUAUGAAGGAAUUUGGCGCAUUGCCUGUCACAACUGAACAGGUAAUCAACUUUUUUGUAUGGUAGCUUCAACUUAAUUUACAACGAGCAACAAAAUGUAUAAUAAUUGUGUGCACUGCAUGGAACUUGUAGUGUAAUGCCCAAUAGCAGACAUAAUGUUAUUCAUACAGUAAUGUGAAAACAGCCAGGUGAACAGCACCUCAGUGCUCAUUGGUCACAUGUUAGGUGGGCGGGCCUGUGCUGUCCAAGCUGGUCCCUGGAUGACCUGUUCCUGUUAAUCAACACAAAAAAAUUGCAAUAGUGCCCUCCGUUCACCUGUUAUGAAUGCAUGUCAUUAAACAGCACAUGUCGCCAUCUACAGGCAAGCAUUUAAACCCUGCAAUAUAAAAUAAAUGUACAUGCUGUUUUUGCAUCUUUUAUCUUAGCCACCUGUCUUCAAAUUUACCCUGCAUAAUCAAUGUUUUACUUCUAUGACACAUUUUAGAUUAUAAAUUGGAUAAGAAUUUAUUCUCAAUGUAAUUCUUAAAAUAAUUAACACUUUUUCAUUACAUUGUGUAAUGAUCUAUAACAGGAAAGUUUAAGGUACCCUGUUUUAUUUAUAUAUUCAGCUGGUGUGCUAUUCUUAAGCACAUUAGGCCUUUAUUUCCUGUUUUUGUAGUUGUGGCUUCUUGUUCAAGGAAGGCCCAAGGCACACAUCAUGAGCAGUUUUCCUGACAGCACAUAUCCCACAAUGUUGUAGGAAUUUGUGCUUGUGUGUGGUAAAGAAAGAAAUUAUUGCAUUCUUGUAAAGUUCAUAUGGCUGGAACGCAGGAAUAAUUCAAUUCUUACAAACAUCCACAAUGUUUUUCAAUACUGUCUUGGAUGAUUAAUUUCGACAAUGGAAAGAAAAGUCUAUGUUUAAUUGCAAACACAUUCUAGUUGUAUUUCUUGCUAAAAAAAUGAAUAUAAAUGUGUUUAAUAAGAUGUUAGUAUUUCACUUCUGUUUAUGUAAAGUAGGGCAUAAGGGUCUGAGACGGAAGUCCUAAGAAUAAUUCUCAAUCGGUUUAAAUUAGAGUGCUAUGACACAGUAUCAUGUAUACUGUACAGUAUGUGAUGUUUACUCAUUUGUUUACCUCUCUUCUAGCGCCAGAGAAAGAUCCAGAAAGAUCGUCUUAUCAACGACUUCUCCAAUGCACUGGCCAAUUUCCAAAAGACACAGAGACAGGCUGCUCAGAAAGAGAAGGAGUUUGUUGCUAGAGUCCGUGCCGAGUCCAGAGUGUCGGUUAGUAGUCAAUGCUUUACACAAACAAAUCAAAUUGCACCUGAAAUGAGAGCGCAUCAGGCUGACUGUUCUGUCCCCCCUUCAGGGUGGCUUUCCUGACGACAGCUUUGGAGGAAAUGGAAACCCCUUUGAAAGGUCAGAGUUCAGCAUUUCAGUCAUCUAGGUCUUUUGAGUCACGUAGUGCACAGACAUGCUGCACUAAACAUACUGUGCAAGCUGUCUAAAUACAACCCAAUGUUUGUCCCCACAUAAAACUGCAUGCCGACAACAGAGGAAAGAACCGCUGUAGACACACAUAAUCCUGAUUCAAUUAUUGUUGCCUACAGUUGUGGAGGAUGUAAACAUCCUCUUUUCUCAAAACCACAACAGUCGAGAUAAUAUUUAUUUGGUCUAUUAGGGUUUAGCUCUAUUUUUAAUGUCCUAUUUUGUGACUAUAUAGGGUCAACCUCUUGUUCUACUAUGAAUUGCUCCUCUGUACCCCCUAAAGUCGAUUGAAGCGCCACAGCUUCAAACGGUGACGUCAGUUUUAAUCUUGAAUAGCUCCCUGUAUGCUUAUGCUAGAGACUUACCGUUUCUUGUAGAGCCUGCAGCUCAAUCCCCUCUUUCUGCCAUUAUAACGUUUUCGCCUAUUCCAUGACAUGGGGCUUGUGAAAGCGGCCUUUUUCUACACAUGAGCGGAUCCAGACAAGAAAAUCAUAAUGAAAUCGGCUGUAAAACCCGAACCAUGUGAGCUACAAACUAAUGCCGCAUUCAAAACAACUGGGAACUCGGAAAUCUCUGACUUCCGACUUCAGUGCAUUCAAGACAACUGGGAACUCAGAAAAAAAACUAGCUCCAACUGGGAAAAAUAUUUUUGAAUGUUCAUCCAACUCGGGAACUCUGACCUCUUUCUACACCACUAUCGAAAAGGUAGACUCUCACGAUCACGACAGUGUUGGUUGUUUUGCUCUACGACAUCCACACGCUUUACGGCAGUUGUCUGAACCUUUUGUCGCGGACAUCCUGACUUCGAAGAGGUCUUCUCACAAAACCGACUGUCCAGACGGAACCGUUGGAGCUACAAACUAAUAUGUCACCAAUAAACGAAAGGGGAGACUCUCAUGAACACAAAGGUUCUGUUGAUCUGCUCUAAGGGGGGAGUCUGAAGGUAACCCAUGACCGGGCUGUACAAAUUGCAAAAAGUGAAUAUGGGGUAAAAUAAGUUUUGUUAUCUCUCUCUGACACUUCAAAACCUUGUUCCUUUAUGGUUUAUUUUUUAUCUGUCUGUUUAGCCAUUUAUGAAUGUGUUAUUCAAUGCGUUGAGGCCAAAUUAAAUGUUUCAUCAAAUAAUUAUAUAUAUAUAUAUAUAUAUAUACCUACAGGGGUCCUAAAAUUCCAAAUCAAAUGGCUAAAUUAUACAUUUUAUGACCAUCUUAAAACAAUUCCAUAUGUUAGCUUAGUAGAUAUUGUGAUCUAAGGGCUUAGACCUACAGGGGUUUUAACCAUCAAAUGAAUGUUCAAUAAGAAAAACCCACAGUUUACUAUUCUCUGACUACUACUAGUCUGCUUGUUUAUCUAACCAUCUACUUUAGUGUUAUCAUGUCAGUCUAUACAGGCCCAUCUCUCUGGCCCAGCCUGACAGUGGGAGGUGAGUGUUUGCUUUGGGUGGUUGACCACGUGUUUCCCAUGUCUGACUCUGCAGUGGGGGGCAGGUCCAGGUCCAGUCACAAUCCCAGGAGGUGGCCAUCACCGAGGAGGACCUGCAGCUCAUCCAGGAGAGAGAGACUUCCAUCAGACAGCUAGAGGUGACAGCACUCACCUAUUGUUACUCAUAAACAAUGUGCAAGAUUCAGGGUUGAAUUAAAGAUUUUGUAGGGGGUCUAUCGUUCCUCCAAAUUACAUUGGUUGCCUUUCAAUUAAUGUAUACAGGAAGCCAUACAGUAAGCACACCUUAUGCUAUCCUGCAAAUCACACUUACAUAAUGGAUUUAUAUACCAGUCUAUUUAAUUUGUUAUGUUGUCUGUGUAUUCAAUGCUUGGUUUUACUUUUUUUCAGUCUGAUAUUACAGAUAUAAAUGAAAUAUUUAAGGACUUGGGAAUGAUGGUCCAUGAGCAGGGUGAUAUGAUCGGUAAGCAUCCAUGCAGUCAUUUACACCUCUAGACUUCUGAAUACAUCAGAAACUCUUCCACUUUCAAAACAUUGACAACAUACUGCAUGUUUAGGAGUCUUAUUGGAGAAGAGUCUAACGAGUGUUCUGGGAACAGAGGAUGACAAACAGCUACGCUACGCUACACACACACACACACACACACACACACUGAAAUAUGUCCCACAACACUCAGAGGAUCAAUUCAAGGUGUUAAAACUGACAUCCUCUGAGAGUUGAAUCAUCGUCAUGGUGUACAACAAGUCAAAAGUAACAGUGUUCUGAAGUAAACAUCCAACUUGUCUGCAAAGUUAAGAAAACAUUAAACCUAAACUGUGAACUUCUGUGAGAGGAUGACCCUUUCACUGUAUUUUCUUAUACCCCUAGACAGUAUAGAGGCCAAUGUCGAAACUGCCGACCUUCAUGUUCAGAAUGCCACCCAGCAGUUAACACAGGCUGCAGACUAUCAGGUAGGUAACAUGAAAAUCAUUCUUGAAUAAAUACAUAAUUAUUCAAUGAAAUUAGUUAAAUAAAUUAUUACAAUGCUGAAUCAAAUCAAUUUGCAUAUUACAUGAAGUGUUUCUUCUGACCCUUUCAGCGCAAAUCUAGAAAGAAGAUCUGCAUUCUCAUUGUUGUUCUGGUUGUACUUGCUUUUGUCAUUGGUUUAAUCAUCUGGGCAUCAGUCAAAGGAUGAUGAUGCUUUUCACACACUCUUUGGUCCUGGCAUUUUAAUGAUUCGUUAGGACUAAGUUUGAGUAAGUCUAAGUCUCAAGGCCAUUGCUUGUAAAAUGAAGACAAAGACGACAGAUGUUUCGUACAUACUGUCACUUUACUAUACUGAACAAAAAUAUA